CAUCAUUAUCAUUCACACCAACAAGCCAACAAUCCACCAUGGAAUACAAAUCCAUAACCCUCCCCACCAAACCCACCGCCCAACUCAGCUACAGCUUCCACCCCGCCAUCCCCCCAUCCACCUCUUCCUCAACCCCAACCCCCCUCACCAAAACCUUAAUAAUAUUCAUCAAUGGCCUCGGCCUCCCCCAAACCUCCUGGACCCCCUAAUCACCAACCUCACCAACCACCCCCCAGAAUCCGGCCUCCCCGCCCUCCUCACCUACGACCGCUACGGCCAGGGCCUCACCACAGACCGAGACCCAGCUGAUACCUCAUCCCCUGACCCCGCCCACGGCCACGACUGCCUCUCCAUCAUACACGAUCUCCAUCAACUCCUCAAACAAAUCACCUCCAUCCACCUACACAAACCCCUCCAUGAGAUCCAAUUAAUAUUGAUAUCGAAUUCCAUCGGCGGCGCACUAUCCCGUCUCUACGCCCAAACCUACCCCGGGAGUGUAGCAGGGCUUAUGUUUCUGGAUAGUGUGUUGGCCAAUUCCGAUUUCGUGAACAUCUACCCAAACCCAGACGAUCCCUCAUUCAACUCUACCUCCCUACCGGAGGGAGUCACUGUCGAUGCCCUACAUAAAACAAGAGCAUUCAUGGCGAAAGUCUUCCACCCCGAAACAGGAGUCAUGGGCGCAGCUGAGGGAUUAUCUCGAAAAAACCUCCCCACCUUACUCCCCUCAAGCAACGCUCCAAAAUUACUCGGCCCCGGAGGAAAGGGACCGUGGGUUACAGUGGUAGGCCAUGAAUUCGAGAAAUUCGAAGAGGAGUUUGAGACUAUGAGUGGGGGUGAGAGGGUACUGACAAGGGAGUAUUUGAAUCCGUAUUGGGAGAGGUAUAACCAUGGUUUAGUGGGAAUCACGGAGGAAGGGAGGGGAAGGGGACCGUUGAGAGCACCGGGGACGGGACAUUUUGUUCAGAGGGAUAAUCCGCUUUGGGUUGCUGGGGAGAUUAGGGGGUUGGUUGUUAGGGUUUUGGGGGAUGGAGAGUAGUGGUUUAUAUCCUUGUAAGGAGGAGGUCUCGGGGGUUUCCUCCAGAAUGUAUAAUUUUGUUUAGUUAGAG